AUGCCUCGCUUCGACGACUCCGAUAUUGGAGCCGAUCUCACCCAGGUUCACUCUCCUCGAGACAGCCGGCCCAGCGUCGUGGCCCCAGUUGCACCUCAGUCGCUAGAAGGCACAACUCUUCCCAUCCCUGCAGAUCCCUCUCACGCUGGCCGUCGGGAGAGCGAGGUGGUCGAGAUCCCGGCCACACGCAGCUCCAUCAGCGAUGCUUCUCAGUACAUGCACAACCUGAGCCUGGCUCCCUCCAUGCGGGACAAGCGCGGCUCAAGGAAUUCCUUUGGCACCUCGCUGCCCAUCCCUCGCUCUCCUCGCCCCUCUCGUCUGUCUUCCAUCGUCGGCAUAGAUGACCGAAAGGCCGCCGUCUCGCGGGAAAUCCUGGCCUCCCAGGUACAAGACAUGGCCAAGGAGCAGGUAAAGGCCGCCAAGAACAUGGCCUUUGCCUUUGAUAUCGACGGUGUCCUCGCCCACGGUAACCACGCCAUCCUCGAGGCUCGGGAGUCCUUGAAGAUGCUGAACGGUGACAACGAAUUGGGCAUCAAGAUUCCUUACAUCCUUUUGACCAACGGUGGUGGCAAGACCGAAGAGGAGCGUUGCCAGCAGCUGUCCGAAAUUCUCGAGGUCCCCAUCUCUGUUAACCAAUUUAUUCAAUCUCACACCCCCAUGCAGGCUCUGUCCGAGUACUACGAGACCGUUCUCGUCGUCGGUGGCGAGGGCUUUAAGUGUCGUGGCGUCGCCCAGAACUAUGGCUUCAAGCACGUGUACACCCCGAAGGACAUCCUGGCUUGGGACCAAGAAGCCUCCCCCUGGAGGUGCUUCACCGAGGAGGAGCGUGUCCACGCACACCCAGUCGACUUUAAACGAGUCAAGUUCGACGCUAUUCUUGUCUUUGCCGACUCGAGAGAUUACGCCACAGACUUCCAGCUCAUCAUUGACCUGCUACUAUCCGAAAACGGCUAUUUUGGAACAAAGUCGAAGAACUUAGAGACAAACAGCAUCCCCAUCUACUUCUCACAAGGCGACAUGGUCAUGCCCACCCAGUUCAAGGGCCCCCCUCGCAUGACCCAGGGAGCAUUCCGUAUUGCCAUUGAAGCCAUCUACAAGUCCCUGACGGGCAAUGACCUCGAGCGUGUGGUCUACGGCAAGCCUGAAUUGGCCACAUACAAAUACGCCGACGAAGUGCUCAAGUCGUGGAUGGAGGAGAUUCACAACGAGAACAAGCUACCCCAGAAUGUCUACAUGGUUGGAGAUAACCCGGCCUCCGAUAUCAUUGGCGGCAACAUGUACGGUUGGAACACCUGUCUAGUCCGCACUGGUGUGUUCCAAGGCGGACCAGGAGAGAACGCACCGGACAGCCCGGCCAACUUUGGUGUGUUUGACAACGUGUUGGAAGCCGUCAAGGCUGUUGUCCGGAAAGAACUCGGCAAGGAGUUUAAGUUUAAGUGGAACGAAAAGAUCAACCCUGUCCUACACGGUGGUGACGGGCUUUCUGCUGUCGAGUAA